AUGAAGAGAGAACUGAAACAUCUGACCCUUGUUAUGUCAGCAUACAAUAAGACCGAUGCCCAUCCAUCAACCUUCAUUCUUAUUGGCAUUCCUGGUUUGGAGGCUGUCCACAUCUGGAUCUCCAUCCCCUUUUGUGUGGUCUACCUUUUGGCCCUCCUGGGAAACUGUUCUCUUCUGUUUAUCAUCAAGACAGACUCCAGCCUCCAUGAGCCAAUGUACCUCUUCCUUUGCAUGCUGGCUGUGGCUGACCUUGUUGUAUGUACUACAGCUGUGCCCAAACUUCUCAGCCUCUUCUGGUUCAAUGAUGGAGAGAUUCGCUUUGAAGCCUGCCUCACACAAGUGUUCCUGAUUCACUCUUGCUCCACCAUGGAGUCUGGCUUCUUCUUGGCCAUGGCUUUUGACAGAUAUGUGGCCAUUUGUAAACCAUUAAGACACUCAGCUAUCCUGACACACUCUGUCAUCAGGGCAAUGGGCCUAGCAAUUUUACUCAGGGGCACAGCACUUCUCAGUCCUCACCCCUUCCUGCUAUAUUGGCUUCCCUACUGUAGAACCAACAUCAUUUCUCACACCUACUGUGAAUUCAUGGCCCUCAUCAAGAUUGCCUGUGCUGAGACAAGAAUCCGCAAAGCCUACAGCCUCAUUGUUGCCUUCUUUACUGGGGGGUUGGACUUUAUAUUAAUCAUUUGUUCUUAUGCUCUCAUACUCCACACUGUCUUUCAACUCCCAUCCAAAGAAGCCCGGCUCAAGUCCUUAGGUACCUGUGGCUCCCAUGUCUGUGUUAUCUUAGUGUCCUAUACCCCAGCCUUCUUCUCUUUUCUUACACACAGGUUUGGGCAUCAUGUGGCUUCCCAUGUCCACAUAUUUGUGGCCAACAUAUAUCUUCUUGUCCCACCCAUGAUGAAUCCCAUUAUCUAUGGGGUAAGAACCAAGAGGAUAUGGGACAGGUUUCUUAAAUUCUUCAGUUUUCCAAAGCCUCUAGACUAA